UUAACGAACUCUCGCGAGGGUGGUGUCUUGCGCAUCGGGGUGUGAGGUGGUUCUCUUUCCGUCAUGGCGCUGAAGGUGGCAAAGGCUGCCGGUGGUGUUGCUCAGUCAGUGCUCAGGCCAGCCCUUCUCUGUCGUCCUUGGGAGGUUCCAGGUGCCCACGAGGCCCCCUGGAGGAGCAUCUCUUCGCCUCCAUCAGCUAAAUAUGGAGGGCGGCACACAGUGACAAUGAUCCCAGGGGAUGGUAUUGGACCAGAGCUCAUGUUGCAUGUCAAGUCUGUGUUCAGGCAUGCGUGUGUGCCUGUGGACUUCGAAGAGGUGCACGUGAGUUCCAAUGCUGAUGAAGAAGACAUCCGUAAUGCCAUUAUGGCCAUCCGUCGGAACCGCGUGGCCCUGAAGGGCAACAUUGAAACAAACCAUAACCUGCCACCAUCCCACAAAUCACGAAACAACAUCCUUCGCACCAGCCUGGACCUCUACGCCAAUGUUAUCCACUGUAAGAGCCUGCCAGGAGUGGUGACCCGGCACAAGGACAUAGACAUCCUCAUUGUCCGGGAAAACACAGAGGGCGAGUACAGCAGCCUGGAGCAUGAGGUCCCUUCUCCCCUGUCCCCUUCUCAGAGUGUGGCAGGGGUGGUGGAGAGCCUGAAGAUCAUUACCAAGGCCAAGUCCCUGCGCAUUGCCGAAUAUGCCUUCAAGCUGGCUCAGGAGAGCGGGCGCAAAAAAGUGACAGCUGUGCACAAGGCUAACAUCAUGAAACUGGGUGAUGGGCUCUUCCUCCAGUGCUGCAGGGAGGUGGCAGCCCGCUACCCCCAGAUCACCUUCGAGAACAUGAUCGUGGAUAACACCACCAUGCAGCUUGUGUCCCGGCCCCAGCAGUUCGAUGUCAUGGUGAUGCCUAAUCUCUAUGGCAACAUCGUCAACAAUGUCUGUGCUGGGCUGGUUGGAGGCCCAGGCCUCGUGGCUGGAGCCAACUACGGCCACGUGUAUGCAGUGUUUGAGACGGCCACAAGGAACACAGGCAAGAGUAUCGCCAAUAAGAACAUUGCAAAUCCCACAGCUACUCUGCUGGCAAGCUGCAUGAUGCUAGACCACCUCAAGCUCCAUUCUUACGCUACCUCCAUCCGCAAGGCCGUCUUGGCAUCCAUGGACAAUGAAAACAUGCACACCCCAGACAUUGGGGGCCAGGGCACCACUUCCGAAGCCAUCCAGGACAUCAUCCGCCACAUUCGCAUCAUCAAUGGCAGGGCUGUGGAGGCCUAGGUUGUCCCAGGAUUGUCGUGGCCCACUCCUCAGAUUCCCCUUUUACCCCCACACCCUUAUCGAGCGCUAGGCAGAGCCCAGAAUAAACUAGCUUCGUUCCC